AUGUUUUCUCUUAUGUAUGGGUUCUGGAACUACAUGUAUAGCAAGACGGAAUUCCAUGUUCUUAUUCUUGGUAUUGACAAGGCUGGAAAAACAACUUUACUGGAAAAGUUUAAAGAACAACUUAAAUUGGAAGGUCUUCCACCCGACCGAAUUGUUCCAACAGUGGGGCUCACUAUUGGUCGUAUUGAAGUUGGAAACACCAAACUUGUGUUCUGUGACUUCGGUGGCCAGCCUGACCUUCGUUCAAUAUGGGAGAAAUAUUAUGAAGAAUCCCAUGCUGUCAUUUAUGUUCUCGAUGCAAAUGCUCCAUCUCGUUUCGAAGAUUCAAAAUCUGCCGUAGAAAAGGUUCUCCGGCACCAGGAUUUGCAAGGUGCUCCCCUUCUGAUAAUAGCUAACAAGCAGGUGCAUAUGGACUCUGUUUCGUCU